AUGGACAAAGAGUUUCCAAGUAUACUGGUGAACUCACAGAACCACCUCUACUUAAACGAGUUUCGAGUAGAGGCAUGUCCAUUAUUCAAGCAACAUCAGUGCCAACAGCACAGACCGUACACCUGCUUUAACUGGCACUUCGCUAAUCAAAGAAGAAGAAGGCCUCAACGUAAAUCGGACGGUUCGUUCAAUUACUCACCUGACAUUUAUUGUGAUAAAUAUGAUGAAAAUACCGGCAUUUGUCCCGACGGUGACGAAUGCAUGUAUCUACAUCGAGUUUCCGGGGACGUUGAACGAAAAUAUCAUCUGCGGUACUACAAAACUGCUCAGUGUGUACAUCCAACAGACUCUCGUGGACAAUGUGUGAAGAACGGUGCUCAUUGCGCAUUUGCUCAUUCAUCGGCGGACUUGCGACAACCACAGUUUGAUCAACAUGAAGCGGGCUUUUCGACGACCAUGGAUGGUGAUGGACGCGAUAGAACCAGCUUUGUAAUCGAGGACCCAUUGUGGCAUAGUCAAGACCAUGUACUCUCAUGCUACAAGACGGAACAGUGCCGCAAACCAGCUCGACUUUGUCGUCAAGGUUAUGCGUGUCCUUUUUACCACAAUUCGAAAGACCGACGGCGACCACCUGCUUUAUGCAAAUACAGGUCUACUCCAUGUCCAGCUGCAAAAACGGUUGACGAAUGGUUGGAUCCAGAACUUUGCGAAGCUGGUGACGCUUGUCAAUAUUGUCAUACUCGGACGGAGCAGCAGUUCCAUCCUGAAAUCUACAAGAGCACAAAAUGUAACGACAUGCUUGAGCAUGGAUACUGUCCACGUGCAGUGUUUUGUGCAUUUGCACACCACGAUUCAGAAUUGCACGUGCAACGAACACCCUAUGUAACGAGUAGUCAGGCUAGCCCUAAAGAACAGUGCAGUCCAAACGCUAAUAGAGGUACACUUUUUUUUAGCGAUAAUCUGCGAUUCGGUUCCCCGAUUUCCAACGGCACUACAACUCCAACGUAUUCGUCUGUUCUCAAACAGCGGCAUCCAAUGGUUUCCAAAGGCUACUCGGCAACUACUGAUCAGAUCUCUAGUAGCUAUCCGAAAGCGCCUGGAUACGAGCGCGGACCACUUUCGCCAAAUCGGAAUAAUGAAUCAUCGAUGGGAAGAUUGCGUACACACUCGUUGAACAUGGCACAUAUGGAUAUUGGGAGACUUUCAUUAAGGAUGCAACGUUAG